GAACGCCGCGGAGGCCGCACUUAUAACCGAAAUAAAACCAGUUACCGCCAAUUGGCUGUUUUAGUCGUGGGCUAAGUUUAGUAAAUCGCCUGCGCAACCGGUGCGCCUCUUUGCUCUGUGUAUGUGUGAACCGUCAAUAUUGUUCAAAUUAAAAUACCAAGAUUUUUAUUAAAUAAAGUGCAUAAAGUGCAAGAAGAAUUUCAAAUUCCAAGGCAAAAUGUGUUAAAGUCAACUCCCAGAAAUGCACACAACGCAUACCAAUACAGCUUGAAAUCGCCUGAAGUUAAAGCCGCGAUCAUUCAUUAUUGCUUCUUCUUCUUCUUGAACGGCGACGUGUUUCGCUUACCUGUCAAAAGGCCCGUGUAUUAGUGAGCUAACUCUCUCUACCUCUCGUUCUUUAGUGCUCCCUCUCUUUUUGCACAUGCAAAAAGGCGGCAGUAACAACAACAACAACUCCGCUUGAGAGCUUCCAAGCCGAAGUUCUUGGCGUUGGCGUUGGCUUUGACGUCGACGCUGGCAGUGGCAGCGACCGCAGCAACAGAUAAGGUUCUUGAGUCAUGGACUACAGCAGAACUAAAUUAAAUGUUUGCUUAAUCGGAAUAAAUAUAUAAAAUACUAAAAAAAAACUUGUUGGAUCUCAAUUGGCAUUGUUAUCGUAAUGCUGUACAGUAAAACAUGGCAAAGUCGACACUGUAUGCUGCUGGGGUGACCUGCCUGGGCUUCGUUUGUUUCGCCUUGGCCUCUGUGGCAAUUGGAAUACCCAUUUGGGGUUACUACGACAGUCCAUCGGCAGGCGGCUAUGACUAUGAUCGAGGUUAUUUUGGACCGUUUAAGGUCUGCAAGCAAUUGACGUAUAACCGCGAGAAAUGCGGUAGCGAUGUAUCAAAGUUUAGGUUAAGCAAUGCAGUCUUUGUCAGUGGUCUGUUGGCCAUUGGCAGCUCAGCUGUGCUGGGCAUCUUUUGCAUUUUGUCGGUCAUCCAACACGCCAUGAUCUCAUCCAGGGAGAAGGUGGUAAUGCCCUACACAACUCUAGUGAUAGUCAAGUUACUGUUGGCCUUUCUGGGCGGUGUACUGGCCAUCAUAGCGACGGUGUUGUUUGCAUUGCAAAUCGAUGAGCAAGAGCGCUUCGGCUUUAAGAUAUCGCGGGGUAUUUCCUUUUACAUACAGAUCGUUGCUAUUGUACUAGCCGUGGCCCUGUUUGUGGCCGCCCUGUACGAUGUGAUCUACUCGCGGAGUCCUGGCGGUGACCCCACAAUGGCUCUGGAUGCCUCCUCGCCGGCGAGUGCCACCACCUUCAACAAUCCGGGAUUCAAGGAGCCGCGCAGUCGCAAUGGAGUCUCGGUGACAGAUGCCUCUGGAAAGCCAUACAGCGGCAUCCGGAAUGGAGCCGGGACGGCGGGCAGUGUGGCCUCCAUGAGCACCACGGUGACCAGUGUGUCCAAUGGCUCCACGCUGGAAUCGGUUACCCGAUCGCCACUGCGUUCGAGCCUGAAGAAGCCAAGACCCCGGCCGGAUCCCACGCUGGGCAUCCAGAAUCCGGGCUAUUCCGGAUCCGGCAGCUCACCGCCGAUGCGCCGAAACGGCAGCGUUAAGAAGGUUCGAAUUCAGACACACAGCACCGAGGUGUAGAACGGUUUCAA